CCGUACAUGGUGGUGGUUGGUGGUGGUCAUAGAAGAUAAACCAAACUUUUGGCAGGCGUAAUCGUACAGGAAAAAUGGCAAGAUGUCUCUAUCUUGGAUACCUUUUCAUAUUUGUUGUCGUAAACCUAGUGGUUGCCGAGAGAAUAAAAGAUAUGAUCUAUGUGUCAUUUGAAGGAGUUGCCGCCUGCUUCCGUAGACACAAUGGAACACAUCAGUUUGGUUGUUCUUCAAGUAGGUCAGGAAGCAUUGGUGUUAUUCAUUUAAUUGAAGAUGAAAGUGAUGUCAGAUGGGUCGAACAUAAUGCUACAGCUGGACCCUAUACAGUAGUCCUUCCAUUUUCUAUGUUCACUAAUGACACAUUAGUCAGAUUAUGGAAUACUAACAACAUAAAUGGAGUUCUAUUAGCAAAAAAUAUCAGUCAGCCACUUCCUAAUUCUUAUUCUCCAGAGGAUACUUGUCCAAAUAGGUAUUCAGGAUACAAGAAAUGCGAUGUAACUUCUCCUUGGAAUCCAUUUGGUUCCUCUUUACUUAUGAAAGAUUGGCCCUUCCCUAUGUUUUAUAUAGAGAAUCAAACACUGAUUGAACAAAUAAAGUCUUGUUACUGGAAAUAUAAUGCGCACGAUCUGGAAACUCAGCAAUACAGAUCACUGUGCGCGCUAGAAAUGAAGUCAUUUAUGUUUGCUGCUAUCAAUUCAGAAUUUUGCAUCAAACGUAGCGAUUUGAAGUUACACUUCCAUCCAACACAGUUAUGUGAUCCUUUGGGAGACAGAAAUAUACAUUGGCCUUUGGCUCCACUACAUGAAGAUGAAAAUUCCAUUAUAAUGGUGACAGCUAGAUUAGAUGCGUCUUCUUUAUUUGAUGGUAUAUCACCUGGAGCGGGUAAUAUAGUGACAGGUUUGGUAACACUACUUGCCACUGCCUAUUACUUGAAUAACAUAUUUAAAAAUGUUACAGUAGCAGAUAAAACGAAUGUUGUUUUCACGUUAUUAAACGGCGAAGCAUUUGACUACAUCGGCUCCAGUAGACUAAUUUAUGAUUUGAAAGAAGGUAAUUUCAAUGCUUUAGGCGGUGUAAACUUAAAGUUUGAUGACAUUAAAUCUGUCAUUGAAUUUGGUCAGUUGAACAAAGGAAACAUGUAUCUUCAUUCUAAUAAUGGAAGAAACAAUGCGAUGAUAAACAAACUCCGGAUAGCAUUAAACGCAACAAUUCUGGAAGAUAGUGUUCCACCUACAUCGAUACAAAGCUUCUUGAAAGCGAAACCGGAUUUAACGGCAGUAGUUAUAAGUAACCAUGAAAAACAAUUUGAAAAUAGAUAUUACAAUGGCAUCUUGGAUGAUGCUCAAAGUCUUCAUUUCAACAGAAACGAGUCAAAUGAUCUUGUAGCCGCUUUAUCAAGUGUAGCAACUCACGUUGCUGAGGUUCUUUAUGAAACUGUUACCGGUAAAUUGCCCCCACCUAUAGAUGAAUCCACUCAAUUAGAUAUUGAAGAUCAUAUUUCCGAAAUGUUAGUUUGCUAUCUGGAAAGCGCCAAGUGCAAUUUGUUCCAAGCUGCCUCACCUCCGGGUGCUAAGCUAAUUAAUCAAGUUCUCCCACUGUAUGUCGGUGUACACAGAGUAUUAAACACUGCCACGACCUUAACCGGUCAGCUUCUUGCUUUCUUAACGAGAAAGGAAUUGGAUUUGAAUGAAACUGCAUGCUAUGAAAAACAUCUUGUUUGGAUGGCUGGUGUUAAUUACACUGGCAUAUGCAUUAAUUCCACUGUGAAUUACAGUAUAGCUACGAGUCCAGCGUUUAUUAUUGUUGGAUACGAUAUGAAGUCUGGAACAUAUUCCACGUGGACAGAGUCUAUAUGGCAAACGUUGAGUGUAAGAAUGUUCCUGAAGCCUUCAGAUGGUACAGAGCAGUUCAGCAUUUAUCUAGGCUGCUCUGUGGCUGGCGUAUCGUUCAUUAUCGUAUGGUUCAUUAAAUCUCGAGCCGAUAUACUAUUUAAUACGAGGAGGGCAGCAAAUUGGUAGGAACACGCUGCGGACCACAUAUCAAUGACCAGGUUGGAUUAUCUCAAGGAUAAAGAU